GGGUAACUAGUAAGGCUUCCGUAAUAUAUGUACCAUGAUUUUCUAGAUACUAUUACAUAUCAAUAGGGUGCAUUUAAAAAAAAAGACCCUUAUUAAGAUUGAAAUCGACAAAAAAGUGUUGAGAAGAUGGGUAAAAAUACGCGAAUGCAACAAUGGAUCAAUUAUCGAAUCCGUGUAACAGUUGAUGAUGCGCGAAUGUUUGUAGGCACAUUCAUGGCGUUCGAUCGUCAUAUGAAUGUCGUUUUAGCUGAUACUGAGGAGUUUCGAAGAGUCAAAGUAAAAGGACAGUCCACAGAAAAAGAAAUUAAACGAAGUAUAGGUUUUCUUUUAAUUCGAGGUGAAUCAAUUAUAUCCAUAACAGCUGAAGCUCCUCCAGCACCACAGACACGUCGUCCGGAUGUGAAUAUGGCCGCUGGACGCGGAAUCGUACCUGUUGGUAUGGGCCGAGGCGCACCAAUGCUUCCAGUUCUCGGGAAUACGCCCAUCGGCUUGGAAGGUCCUGUUAGGGGUGUUGGAGGGAUACCACAGUUCUAGUUUUGUGUUAAAAUAAAACCAACCUUACUAUCUCGUCUUGAUCACAAAAAAAAUUUACUAUGUUGUCGAGUGCCAGAGAAAAAAAGGUGUACGUUCAGUCAAAUAAAAAAUGAAUAUCGUAAUUAUAGGGAAGACUACGUUAUGUCGUACAUUCGUACUACAAUUAUAAUGAACUGUUACUGAUUAUUAUAUCAUCACCUUCUUUAAAAAAAAUAGCACAUGUCAUAAAAUUUUUAUAUCGUAACAUAAUUUUGUAAAAGUAAUAAUUUAUGUUAGCACGAUUUUCUUAAUAAAUUUAAAACAUUUCGAGAACAAUAGAAACACGG